UUAUUGGCAAUAAAAAAAAAAAAAAACAACACUAAAUUCAAGAUUUAUUCACCACCAUCACUUUGUAAGAAUACACUUUUUACUUUCUUUAAAAUAUGAAUAUGGAUUCCCUAAAACAGUCUAUCAAUCAAAUGAGCGAACUGUUUAAUAACAAAAUGACAGAGUUCCAGCAAGAACUUAACUCUUGUCAACCUUCGAGCACCACUUCAGCACUGGCAUCGGAAUUCAGUACGUUCAAGUCCUUUGUCCUGGAGGCCCUUAAAUCAUUGCAGUCUCAGAUAGAAGUCUUAGUAGAAGUGCAAGACCAAAAUGAGAUGAGGCGAAGGAAGAAAAUACUUUUACUUCAUGGAGUCUCUGAGGCAAAAAAGACUGAGCUUGAAGUUGUCCAAACUAUAUUUUCAACACAGCUUCGACUCCCAGAGGUUGAUAUAACGGCUGUGAAAUACUGCCAUCGCCUGGGUAAAGUUAAUGAGUCCAAGCCGCGACCAAUCUUAAUUAAAUUUCAUGAUAGUGCUAUCCGGAACAAAGUGUGGGCGGCUAAAACCAACUUGAAAAACUCUGGCAUCACCAUGACGGAGUUUCUUAUAAAAAAGAGACAUGACGUGUUCAUGAUGGCCAGACAACGUUUUGGGAUCACAAAGUGCUGGACAAAUAAUGGCUCGGUCCUUGUAAUUGCACCCGAUGGCUCUAAAGUCCGUGUCCAUAGCAUGGCUGAUCUCGAUGCCAUUUCAGGAAGUCAUUCUUCUGAUAAUAAUAUCUCUUCCGUGAACAUGACCAGAGGCACAGCUGGAACCAAGACAAAACGAUUAGCAAAAAAGUAACCACUUAAUUAACAAUUUCAAUUUCUUUUCAUAGUUUACAUAGAAUUAUAUUUACCUGCUAUUAGUAUUGCUUCUGCAUGUUUGUUUUGUAGUGUUGCUUAUUAAUAGUAUUAUAUUAUGGCUUUGGUCAGACCUAUUUGGGUCAGACCCAUAAUUGCUUGCUGAGUGUUUUUUUUUCCAAGUUGCCAAAUGACUUUGUUGUUUUAUCUUAUAGUGCCUGCUUUUCAAAUCCACUGCUUUAUAUUAUUAUGCUGGGUAUUAUUAUAAAUGUAGGUAAUUUCACCCGCAAUUUAUUUCUCAGAAAUACCGCUUCGUUUUUAUCGUAAAGCUAAUGUUUUUUGUUGUCAUUGUCAAACAAACACAGCUUGAAAAUAUCUAUGACGGCUGACAGUGACAGUGACAACUUAUGACAAAGUAUGUCAGUAUAAUUCAUUCCGUUUUACGUUAAGAACAUGUUUUGAUUUUGUAUUGUUGAUUUGACUAGCGCUUGUUUAAAUAUACA